AUGGAAUAGUAAAACAAUAGUCCGCGAACAUACUACUCAUUUCAGAUUGUGGUGUCGAAAUGAAGGCAGUCUUUUUCGUUAAAGGGUUCAUAUUCUCGUGUUUGUUGGAGGUCGUGGUGAGUACUGGGCAGUUUGUUGUAAGACUUUACUCGUACGAAAACCCACAGGGAACGGACUACGAUGGAACCUGCUGUGAUUCUGAUGUCGCUAAAUGUCAACUGGACAAGUGUGAUUUUAAAUUCGAUAUAUGUAUAGGAAAAGAUCGUGGAGGGCAUGACUGCACCUAUGGAAAGAAGCAGAUUAUCGCUAUUCCAAAUCUGAACAACAUCGACUUCAAUGAUAUCAAGGAUCACAUCCUCCGCUUUCCAAUCACAAACAGCCUGAAGGAUCCUUUGUUUAUAAGAGUGAAUGUGACAGAUCAGGAUACGGGCGAUUCCUCAGUGAUGGUCGACUCCUUCCAUUUAGUCUUCAACUCAGCUGCCUACUAUAACGACACAGUGAUUGAGUAUACGGAUUAUCUCAUCACAGGAGAAAGAACACAACAUCCAUCCAAAUUGAAUGUAAGUGUGGCGUCAUACUGUGAUCAGAACUACUAUGGAGAAAACUGUGACAUCAACUGUGUUGCUGAGAAUUUUGGUUGUAAUGGACGUUAUAAAUGUGGGGCUAAAGGAGAGAAGAUUUGUAACUCUGGUUGGACGGGUACAGAUUGUGAUGUACAGAUCACGGGGGGAGAGGGAGACUGUGGAUUCUACAGAGAUUCUACGGAGCUACUGCCCAGCUUAUGGGUAGGUACAUACACCUGCCCAGGUGAGUCGCCACAGGUAAUACAGAUGAAUGUAAUUCCAAGAAAUGCAGAUGAAAUAUUCACCUCAGCAGUUUUAUCCUUUGCUGGGAUCUCGGUUACUACUAGAGGGACUUAUGGAUAUAGACAACUGCUCACACAGGGCACAAUGAACCAAGGCAAUAUCACUGAUGUCAUAUUUCAUGGUUCACAGCCACCUAUGAAUUUGUCCUCAAUGUCAGGGGAUCUGGAAAUCAAUCAAAAAUCAUCAGGGAAAAAGAAGUGUACUGUAGUUCUGAAUAUGCGAAAAUCUUAUUUGAACCAAUGUGGAGCUGGGACUUGUGUGAGAUAUGGACAAAAGAAGGAGGAAUACUACUGUUGUUGUGGUGGUGAUAAAGCCUCUUCAUAUUGUGGAUCAACCACCACUAUAAUGCAGUCAACGACCACUUCACCUAGUACUACAACACCUCCAUCAACAACAAUAACAACAGAGGCACCAACAACUACAAAACAGACAACACAGAAACCAACAACAAAGUCAACCACACCCACUACCCAAACAACAGCAGAGACAACAAUUACCACUACCCAACCAAGAACACCAGAAAAAACAACAAUAUCAACAACACAACCUACAAUAACACAAGAGACGACAACCACCAGCGAACCCACGACACAAAAAACGACAACAAAAUCAACAACUACCACAACACAACCUACAACAUUAGAAAUAAUAACACACACUACACAACCUACACUAACAGCGACUGAACCCAUAUCUCGACUGAUGACAACAAAAACAUCUCCCACAACAACACACCAAUCUACCACAGGACAAACAAAGAGAGGGUCUACCACCACAAAAUUCACCAAAACGCCAGGAAUCACAAAAUCAUCAAGUUCCACCACAGACUCGCCACAUCCCAAUAAAGCUACCACAAGGAAAAUAGCAUCAACACCUGCCCUUCAGAUUUCCCAGGAAAAUAUUUUCAUCAAUAUUCUUGUCAUUAAGAUGAAGAAGCAAGAAGAGUUGCAGUAGAAUACGUUCACAUUACAGACAUGAUCGUUUUGUAUCUAUUCUAUGGAGGGAUAUUUUCGCCCCAAAUUACAUUCGCCCAUCGCAAAAUUAGAAAAACAUUUUCUUAAAAACUAGUAUCUUGCUAUUUUAAUGUAACAAAUUAAUUUUAAUUUCAUAUUAGUCCAUUUUUAAAUUCGGCCAUUUAGAAUGAAAAUGUCCCGGUUUGAAUAUUAUAUAUAUUAUAUGUAUAGAAAUUUUCAGAAUAAAAUGUAAUUUUUCAA